AUGGGAUCUACAGUUCAGCCAACGGAAUACAAAGAGCCUUCUGAGCGGACGUCCGUUUUAGGAUUUGCAUCUUCUAUCCUUAACGGUAAUACCGUUGAAGGCGGUCUUCGGUCCUUGACUUACAAAUCCAUUUUCGCGCUGAAACUUGUGGACGAGUUAGAUUUGGUGAGAGACUGUAUUGUCAGCGACAAGCCUCAACUCACACGGAUCACAGAUACGGACACGUCUAAGAACAGGUUAGAAGCACUCCGUUCUGAGGUUUCUGAACUCAAAACCAUUAAACCAGCCAGAGAUUCAGCUGACGACCAGAAAGUUCUGCAAUUCAAUCUCCGGUUGGAUGAAGAACUCAAUCAAAACAGACUGGUGAGUGACAGUUACAGCAAUGAUGUAAAAGAAUACUACCUGCUGGUGUUUCAAAACUUGGACAUCACUUUCAGCAACAAAAGCUAUGUGAAGCACACAGUCAAAUAUCAGGGAAAGGUUGAAAGGAUGGAAGACGUUGAAGGGUUCGAUCGCUCGAUUUACGAAAGAGCACGUGAACGGCGGAUGGAGGAAGAACAUGCAAAGCAACUAGAAGAGGAAGAGCGUAAACGCCAGGAAUUAGAAGAAAAGCUUAAAGAACAAGAACGUCUCAGAGCGGAGGAACUUCAAAAAAAGGAAUUGGCUCGGCUCGAGUACGAUCGCACUGAUAACUAUGUUCUGUCAGAGGAGUAUCCCCAGAAUUCAGAAUAUUUACAGAAUGUUGGAUACACUCAAAACGCAGAGUAUUCGCAAAACCCACAACAGCAGCACACAGAAUACAAUGCAGCCCAUCAGUAUCCACCAAAUUCCCACCCAAUCAAUGGAAUGUCGCCUGUGCCUAUGCAGCAGCUUUAUAACAACGAUGGGUUGAAUGAUUCUGACGCCAUGCACCUAGAUGGAGACUCAUUGAUGACUGGCGGGGCAGACUCAUAUUCCAUGUCACCAAAUCCAGACCAAUUCACACCCAUGGCUCAAGAUUCACCCUACCUGCAAGCUCAGAGCCCUUUUUAG